UACGGAGUGUCUGACCCCGCCUACAGUCGGGAACGCAGUGAGGACCUUGCUGUGCCUGUGAAGGAGCGGUCAGGCAGUGUUUUAAACGGCUCGGCUGGGGGAAACCGAGUCUGAGCUGUCUCAGGUCGAAAGGGAGAAGAGGCUUGCGGGCCGAGCUCUAGAGCCGUCAGCCCAGAGCUGAUUUAUCCAGAGCCCAGAUGGGUUUCCUGACUGCCGUGACUCAAGGCCUGGUGCGGGGAGCGGACAGGAUGAGCAAGUGGACAAGCAAGCGGGGACCACGCACCUUCACUAAGAGUCGGGGUGCCAAGAGAACAGGCAUCUAUACUUCUGAUGGGAAGUUUAUGAAGAUAAAAGAAAUGGUCCCGGAAUUUGUCGUCCCUGACUUGACCGGCUUCAAGCUCAAGCCCUACGUUAAUUACCGAGCUCCUGCAGGCAUAGACACACCUCUAACUGCCAAAAUGCUCUUCCUGGAAACAGUUGCACCUGCUAUCGAAAAAGACUUUAAAGAAGGGACUUUUGAUGCUGACAACCUGGAGAAAUAUGGCUUCGAGCCCACACAGGAAGGCAAGCUGUUCCAAUUGUAUCCUAAGAAUUUCCCACGCUAGAAGACCUUGGCAGUGGCCAAAGGUUUGUCUACAAAGUGGAGACAAUACUGACCAACCUUGGAUUCUGAGUGUCUCAAAGAGUAAGGGCAGCUUCCUAGUGCACUUUUAUUAAAUGCCUUUAGUAUCUCGUA